GUUUACCUCUCGUAACUAAAACCUUCCAUGGUAGUAGUAACAAAGAAGACGAUGAUGAUUCAACUUCAUCUCCUCUACUUCUUCUUGUUCCUCUGUUUUUCUACUCUUACUCUCUCUUCUGAGCCCAGAAACCCUGAAGUUGACGCGUUGAUAAGUAUAAAGAACGAUUUGCAUGAUCCUCAUGGAGCUUUGAACAAUUGGGAUGAGUUUUCAGUUGAUCCUUGUAGCUGGGCUAUGAUCACUUGCUCUCCCGACUACCUCGUCAUUGGACUGGGAGCGCCGAGCCAGUCUCUCUCGGGAAGUUUAUCUGCGUCAAUCGGAAAUCUCACUAAUCUCCGACAAGUGUCAUUGCAAAAUAACAACAUAUCCGGCAAAAUUCCACCGGAGAUUGCUCUUCUACCCAAAUUACAAACCUUGGAUCUUUCCAACAACCGAUUCUCCGGUGACAUCCCUGUUUCCGUUGAGCAGCUAAGCAGUCUUCAAUAUCUGAGACUCAACAACAACUCUCUGUCUGGGCCCUUCCCUGCUUCUUUGUCCCAAAUCCCUCACCUCUCCUUCUUGGACUUGUCUUACAACAAUCUCAGUGGCCCUGUUCCUAAAUUCCCAGCCAGGACUUUCAAUGUUGCUGGUAAUCCUUUGAUUUGUAGAAGCAGCCCACCUGAGAUUUGUUCUGGAUCAAUCAAUGCAAGUCCUCUUUCUGUUUCUUUGAGCUCUUCAUCAGGACGCAGGUCUAAUAGAUUGGCGAUAGCUCUUGGUGUAAGCCUUGGCUUUGUUGUUAUACUAGUCCUUGCUCUCGGGUCCUUUUGUUGGUACCGGAAGAAACAAAGAAGGCUACUGAUCCUUAACUUAAACGAUAAACAAGAGGAAGGGUUACAAGGACUUGGCAAUCUUAGAAGCUUCACAUUCAGAGAACUCCAUGUUUCUACGGAUGGUUUCAGUUCCAAGAACAUUCUUGGCGCUGGAGGAUUCGGUAAUGUGUACAGAGGAAAGCUUGGAGACGGGACAAUGGUGGCAGUGAAACGGUUGAAGGAUAUUAAUGGAACCUCGGGGGAUUCACAGUUUCGUAUGGAGCUAGAGAUGAUUAGCUUAGCUGUUCAUAAGAAUCUGCUUCGGUUAAUUGGUUAUUGCGCCACUUCUGGUGAAAGGCUUCUUGUUUACCCUUACAUGCCUAAUGGAAGCGUUGCCUCUAAGCUUAAAUCUAAACCGGCAUUGGACUGGAACAUGAGGAAGAGGAUAGCAAUUGGUGCAGCGAGAGGUUUGUUGUAUCUACAUGAGCAAUGUGAUCCCAAGAUCAUUCACAGAGAUGUAAAGGCAGCGAAUAUUCUCUUAGACGAGUGCUUUGAAGCUGUUGUUGGUGACUUUGGACUCGCAAAGCUCCUUAACCACGCAGAUUCUCAUGUCACAACGGCAGUUCGUGGUACGGUUGGCCACAUUGCACCCGAAUAUCUCUCCACCGGUCAGUCUUCUGAGAAAACCGAUGUGUUUGGGUUCGGUAUACUCUUGCUCGAGCUCAUAACUGGAAUGAGAGCUCUUGAGUUUGGUAAAACUGUUAGCCAGAAAGGAGCUAUGCUUGAAUGGGUGAGGAAAUUGCAUGAAGAGAUGAAAGUAGAGGAACUGGUGGACCGAGAACUCGGGACAAACUACGAUAAGAUUGAAGUUGGAGAGAUGUUGCAAGUGGCUUUGCUAUGCACACAAUAUCUACCGGCUCAUCGUCCUAAAAUGUCUGAAGUGGUUUUGAUGCUUGAAGGCGAUGGAUUAGCCGAGAGAUGGGCUGCUUCGCAUAACCAUUCACAUUUCUACCAUGCCAAUAUCUCUUUCAAGACAAUCUCUUCUCUGUCUACUACUUCUGUCUCAAGGCUUGACGCACAUUGCAAUGAUCCAACUUACCAAAUGUUUGGAUCUUCGGCUUUCGAUGAUGACGAUGAUCAUCAGCCUUUAGAUUCAUUCGCCAUGGAAUUAUCCGGUCCAAGAUAACACAAUGAAAGAAAGAAAGAAAGAUAUCAUUUUUCG